AUGGUAGAUCUUGACGAAAGGCCAAAACUCCAGUCACGUCUGGAUUAUUUGGACAGAAACUGGAAAUGCUGCAUUAAGCUUCAUGUGGAGAUUCGGCAACUGGACACUAGAUCCACCAGCCAGUAUCUACAAGACGCAGUUUAUGAUUCAAUGGAGCUGUUAUAUCUUGAUGCGGUUGCAGAGGCAAAGUUGAAAUUGUUCGGCCCUCCGAUCCAAAUAAUUCCAAAUGCCAGUCAACAACCACUAGGCGGAGUCGGCGUUAUUCCAGAAGCUCGGUCUCCGGCUGCUAAUAGAGUUAAGGUACAGCAUGUAGUGUUACCGAGAUUUUCUGGUGCGUAUAAAGAAUGGCCCUCAUUUUCCGACUACUUUAAUUCACUCUUUCAAAAUGAUGGUUAUGACGAUCUUCAAAGGUUUCAUUAUUUAAAGUCAUGUUUGGAUGGAAAAGCGUGCUCUAGCAAACAUUUGUGCUACACAUGCGGGAAGCGUCAUCAUACUCUUCUCCAUAGAAUCUCGGAAUCGAAGGAAAAUCCGAAAGAAGUGACAAGCUCCCAAUCUAAUGGUGAUAUUCCGAGUACGUCUCGAGAUUCCAGAGAUUCAACAGUUGAUGAAACGUUCGUAAAUUCACAUUUCUCAAUUGAAUCAAAAUAUAGUCAAGUAGUAUUAUCAACAGCGUGGGUGCUUGUCACUUCCGCUAAAGAUCGAAUUUUCAAAAUCAGAGCACUUCUAGACUCUGGAUCGACGCAUACAUUCAUAACAAAAGAACUCGCAAAUGCGUUAGGUGCAAAGACGUUCCCAAUAUCAGCUUCCAUCAGUGUAGUUGGCGGAACAUCUUCUAAGCGUAUCGAACGUAUCAUGCCUGUUACAAUAUCGCCUGUCAGACAAACAGAGCCGAGAUUACCUACGGAUGCUUUAAUAGUUGAUAGUUUAACGUCUUAUACACCUCGGUUUCAUCGUCCAAUAGCAGAUUGGGAACAUCUUCGCAAUUUAGACUAUGCAGAUGAACGUCCCACCGAUAAUACAAAAAUUCAUGCGUUAAUCGGUGCAGAUAUUUAUCCUUAUGUGCUGCGCAAUGGAAUACGUCGCGGACGGACUGGGGAACCAGUAGCUAUAAAUACAAUAUUUGGCUGGGUUAUUCUCGGUGCUCUUGGCAAUCCAUCAUCUCAGAUAGAAGUGAUUCAUACUAAUCAUGCUCAUUCUGUGCAGUAUGAUCAUUUAAGUAAAUUGAUUUCGCGCUUCUGGGAAGUUGAAGAGGUAGAAUCCUUUCACCCCAUGUCAGAAGAAGACGUACAAUGUGAAACGUACUUCCGUCAAACCCAUUCGCGGACCUCAGACGGACGAUACGUAGUACGCAUCCCUUUCAGAAACCCUCCUCCUCUCAAUAUUGGAGAUACGCGGUAUCGAGCAGAACGUAUCUUACUCGCGAUGGAAAAGCGAUUAUCGCAGCGGCCGCAAGAGCGAGAUGAAUACGACAAAUUUCUUCAUGAGUAUCAAUCGCUUGGUCAUAUGCGACUCGCAUCGACCCUUAAACCUCGCAAGCAGAUCGUCUAUUUACCACAUCAUCAUGUGAUUAAAGAAUCCAGUUCUACUACAAAAUUACGAGUUGUAUUUAAUGGAUCAGCACCGUCAUCGAACAAGAUCUCUUUAAACGAUCUUCAGAUGACUGGGCCAAAGCUUCAAGCAGAUCUACCAUUAUUGCUCACCAGUUGGAGGAUUCAUCGAUAUGUGUAUUGCGCAGAUAUCGAGAAAAUGUACAGGCAAAUACUAGUGCAUGAAGCAGAUAUCGACUAUCAGCGUAUACUCUAUCGAACUUCCACCUCAGAGGAAAUGUCGGAAUUUCAAUUACUUACUGUUACCUAUGGAACUGCAAGUGCUCCCUUCCUAGCGUUGCGAGUUCUUCAGCAACUUGCACAAGACGAAGGUGACAAGUAUCCAUAUGGAAAAUCAGUUGUGUUAAACAAUACGUUUGUCGACGACUGUCUUUUUGGCUCGGACACUAUCGAGAUGACUCAACGCAUUCGUGAUCAGCUGAUAGGUCUUCUCCAACAAGGUAAAUUUGAAUUGAGGAAGUGGGUAAGUAAUUCAUCAGAAUUACUUGACGAUAUUGUUGAAAGUAAUUUUGGGCUCGCUUGUAGCAAAAAACUACAGCCAGACGAUUCAUUAAAAAUACUCGGUAUUGCUUGGUGUCCGUCAUCAGACGAAUAUAAAUUCACAGUGCAUUGUGAGCCUCUGUCAGACCAACAAUACACAAAGCGCUCAAUUUUAUCCAUUAUUGCGAGAUUGUACGAUCCUUUAGGAUGGAUAUCACCCAUUAUUAUCACCGCAAAGAUUAUCAUGCAAUCUUUAUGGUCCCACUGUCUUGAUUGGGACUCACCUCUUCCAGGACGUUUAUUACGUGAAUGGUCCGAAUUCUAUCACUCUCUAUUCCUUGUCAAUAAUAUUGUACUGCCUCGGUGGAUAGGCACUACAUCUACCACGGUUCAGACAGAAUUACAUGGAUUCUCAGACGCUUCAAAUAAAGCGUAUGCAGCUGUAAUAUAUGUUCGUAUUAUUAAUCAAAACGGAGAAUGCCAUUCUGCUCUGUUAAUGAGCAAAACUAGAGUUGCACCUAUAAAGCGUCUAUCUACCCCACGGUUGGAACUAUGUGGUGCAAUUCUGUUGGCUCGCCUGAUCUCGAAGUUAAGUUCAUUGCAGGAAUUCAAAGAAACCCUUAGGUUCUGUUGGACUGAUGCCGGAGUUGUUUUAGCAUGGCUCAAGGUCCAAUCAUCUCAUUGGAAAACCUUUGUCGCCAAUCGUGUGGCAGAGGUGCAUACUUUAUUACCAGAAGUUAAUUGGCGAUAUAUACCUGGAUCAGAAAAUCCGGCAGACUUAGCAUCUAGAGGAAUGAAACCAGAGCAGCUUUUGACUUCAUCUCUGUGGUGGCACGGACCAUCCUGGUUAAAUCAAACGUCAUCUGAAUGGCCUGCAUAUGAGCCACGAGAUUUCGACGCGGCCGAGGCAGAGAGACAGCCAACAGCAUUAGCGUCGACAAUCAGUAUUGACUAUGAAAAUGAUGUAGCAUCUCGUUUUUCGGAUUGGUUACGUCUAUUGCGUAUCACGGUUCGUAUUUUACUACUAUCACCUCACUAUCCAUUCAGGCAUAACCAGUUGGGAUGGAUUUCGCCACUUAAAGCCACACCAAAAGCUCUCAUCAAGAAGCCUCUUUUACGUCGGCUCAAUCCAUUUUUGGAUAAUGAUAGCCUGUUGCGCGUUGGAGGCAGACUAUCACAAAGCUCACUGCCAAUGGCAGCCAAGCAUCCAUUUAUUUUAAAGAAAAGCCAUAUCGCUCGACUUAUCGUCAUGCAUCCACAUCAGUGUAGUCUUCAUGGAGGUAUCUCACACACAUUGAGUACCUUACGAGAAACGUUCUGGGUAAUACAGGCGAGAAAGAUAGUCAAAUUUAUUGUAAAUAAUUGCGUAGUUUGUGCUAGAAUGCGAGCAGAGGCUCCCACUCAAAUUAUGGGUUCUUUACCAUCUGUCCGUGUCGAGAUUCCGGGGUUUGCGUUCGAGAAUUGUGGCGUGGAUUAUGCCGGGCCAUUCCAUGUCAAAAUGUCAGGUGGCAGAGGUGCGCGAUCGCAGCUUUCUUAUGUUUCCAUAUUUGUCUGCUUGGCAUCGAGAGCAGUACAUUUAGAAUUAGUGACCGCUUAUACUACGAAGGCAUUCAUUGCGGCAUUACAGCGAUUUUCUUCACGGCGUGGGUUGCCAAGAUGUAUGUACAGCGAUCAUGGGCGUAAUUUUAAGGGAGCGGACAGAGAUUUGCGCGAAGCGUUUCAAUCUGCAAUUAUUGAUCCUACCUUCCAUGCGCGCUUGGCAGGUGAUCAAAUUAGCUGGUCCUUUAUUCCACCAGCGGCACCGCAUUUUGGAGGAGUGUGGGAGUCAGCAGUGAAAAGCAUGAAACAUCAUAUUAAGCGGGUUUUAAUUACUAGCACUCCUACAUUUGAAGAGUUUAGUACACUACUGUGUAGAAUCGAGGCUUGCCUAAAUUCGCGGCCUUUAGCACCUUUGAGUGAAGAUGUAGAAAGUCUUGAUACUCUGACUCCAGCGCAUUUUUUGAUAGGCAGAUCCAUGAGUGCGGUGCCGCAAGAAACAAUGUAUGACGUACCAAGUAAUCGACUAUCACGCUGGCAAUUAUGGCAGCAAAUAUUUGAAUCCUUUUGGCGACAAUGGGUGGAUGAUUAUGUUCGCUCGUGUCAGCACCGCUCCAAAUGGCAAAAUCGCUCGUCCAACAUAAAACUUGGACAAAUUGUUUUAUUAAGGAGCAAUGAUCUUCCACCCACAAAAUGGAAGUUAGCUAGGGUAGUACAAUGUCAUCCUGGAAAUGACGGUCUCACACGCGUUGUGACAGUCAAAACAGCCGAAAGGAUGUAUCAACGACCUAUUUCAAAAUUGGCCCUCCUGCCAAUUGACUUUGAACAAGCAUGA